AUGUCUAGCUCCACACACUCAGACGACUGGGUCUUCAGGCUCUGCGGAACAUGCACAUCCAAGACCAUUGACAUUAGGCGACUGGCUGAGGAGGACAUCGAGGCUGAGAUCUUGGACCUCUUCGAAGCUGAAUCCGACGUCCAAGUUUCGUACCAUCAAACUGACGAAUACUGCAAAGAUAGUCGAUCGCUGAAGACUCUUUUCGAACCAGGCGCUUACCAAAACACUCCUGUCCAUAUUCACUUCAGCCGUCAGCCAACUCCUACGGCCGAAGCUGGUAGCUGGUUUGCAGCGCGUCUUUCAUUUCGCCUUGCAGAUGACAGUCCCAUGCGACAUAUCUCGCCCACCUUUUGGCCAAGCAGACUUAUGAUGGUGCACAGGGGCAGUACCACCGCAGAGCUGGUAUCUAACGUCCGGCGUCUUGUCAGAAGCAAGCUGGAGCGUGAUCCCUUGUUGAACGAUGUUCAAGUGCCCACGGACGAAGUGCUCGAAGAUGAGCAUAAGAUCAGACCACGCUUGCAGACACGAUUCAAGACCAUUGUUCAUUCACCCACGGAUGCUCUUGCACGCCUAGACCUCGACUGCGAGGAUGCGUACAUCAGCCGUGUCGAAAUCAUCCAGGACCUGUUUCACGAUCUGGAGUCCGUUCAGCACAUGGAGAUUCCGAUCACGAUCAAGUUAUGGAUCAGCGAGCAAACAGUCCAAGACGGUCACAAUGUUGUUACGCGAUGUGUUCCAAAGCAUACCACGCCUCUUCACGUCCGCAUUGGAUCGUUUGCCUAUAAGACUGCGGGCGUCAAAGGGAAUGUCACUGUCGAGUAUCCGUUGCUCGCCAAGAUCCGCCCAGUCAGCUUCAGAUACGAUGGUCUUUGCAGAAUGGAGGCCUGGGACUUUGACGAUCUGGCCAUUAAUGAUGUGCACCAUGCGACUUGGGCUCCCUUCAACAGAUUCCACCUCGAAGGACAAUUCCGCAGCGCCCAAAAUGAACGGCAGUUGGCCAUACAAGUCGAGAAGGCGCAUGAAAGGGGAGACUACGGGCGAAUACCACAACUACCUACCAUGGCUUUGAGACCAACCCACCAGGCGUCUGACAUCAGGCAAAAGCCUAGCGCCGAAGUCACAGUAGCCGUUAGCUUCGUCAAUCACCUUCCAGACGAUGCUUUCCAGAACCUCAACAUGGCGAUCAAUUGUCAGCUCGCUUUGACGGAUCACGACGCACCUGCAGAUGCAGAGCAAGAAAUAUUCAAGUUUAUCAAAGAGGCAGCAUCAACCGCUGGGUACACUUUGUUCAACGUCCGUGCGAAGGACACAUGGAGAUGUGAACUAUGGGUCAUGAAUCAGGACUACAUUUCGCCGAAACUUUACAGAUUUGAGGAUGGGACUUUCGCACAGUUCAUGCUUCGUGAGAGGAUGGAGGAGAGAGGGCGGAAGAUGUACAUGGAGUGUCAUAUCUGGCCGAAGGAGCAUCGGACGGCGCGAGCUUUGCCUUGUUAA